CCGAGGCUGCAGCGGCGCAUCCCGAGGCGCGGCGGGCGCCCUGAGGCCUCGGCUCUGAGGGCGCCGCGGGCUGAGGCGGGGGCAGGGGAGGCCCGGGCGCCCUGGACCGAGGCGGCCGCGACCGAGGGGGCCCCGGAGCCCGCGCCCAGGCCGGGGAGGCGAGGACCAAGCCGCGGCGGGGAGCGGAUCUUUCGAAGAUGGUUUGGCUGCCUUGGAGAUUUGGAGAUCUGAUGCCACGAUGAGGACUCACACACGGGGGGCCCCCAGUGUGUUUUUCAUAUAUUUGUUUUGCUUUGUGUCAGCAUACAUCACUGACGAGAACCCAGAAGUCAUGAUUCCCUUCAACAAUGCCAACUACGAUAGCCACCCAAUGCUCUACUUCUCCAGGGCGGAGGUCGCAGAGCUCCAGCUCAGGGCUGCCAGCUCGCAUGAGCACAUUGCUGCCCGGCUCACUGAGGCCGUGCACACCAUGCUGUCCAGCCCCUUGGAAUACCUCCCUCCUUGGGACCCCAAGGACUACAGCGCCCGCUGGAAUGAAAUUUACGGCAACAACCUGGGCGCCUUGGCAAUGUUUUGUGUGCUGUAUCCUGAGAACAUUGAAGCCCGAGACAUGGCCAAAGACUACAUGGAGAGGAUGGCAGCUCAGCCUAGUUGGCUGGUGAAAGAUGCUCCUUGGGAUGAAGUCCCGCUUGCUCACUCUCUGGUUGGUUUUGCCACUGCCUAUGACUUCUUGUACAACUACUUGAGCAAGACACAACAGGAAAAGUUUCUUGAAGUGAUUGCCAACGUCUCCGGAUAUAUGUAUGAAACUUCAUACAGGAGAGGAUGGGGAUUUCAGUACCUUCACAAUCAUCAGCCCACCAACUGCAUGGCCUUGCUCACAGGAAGCCUUGUUUUGAUGAAUCAAGGGUAUCUUCAAGAAGCCUAUUUAUGGACCAAACAAGUUCUGACCAUCAUGGAGAAGUCUCUGGUCUUGCUCCGAGAGGUGACAGAUGGUUCCCUCUACGAAGGAGUUGCAUAUGGCAGCUACACCACGAGAUCACUCUUCCAGUAUAUGUUUCUGGUUCAGAGGCACUUUGACAUCAACCACUUUGGCCACCCAUGGCUUAAACAGCACUUUGCAUUUAUGUAUAGAACCAUCCUACCAGGGUUUCAAAGAACUGUGGCUAUUGCAGACUCAAAUUACAACUGGUUUUAUGGUCCAGAAAGCCAAUUAGUGUUCCUGGAUAAAUUUGUCAUGCGUAACGGCAGUGGUAACUGGCUGGCUGACCAAAUCAGGAGGAACCGUGUGACGGAAGGUCCAGGGACACCAUCCAAAGGGCAGCGCUGGUGUACUCUUCACACAGAAUUUCUCUGGUACGAUGCCAGCUUGAAAUCUGUUCCGCCUCCGGAUUUUGGCACCCCUACAUUGCAUUAUUUUGAAGACUGGGGUGUUGUGACUUACGGAAGUGCCCUGCCUGCAGAAAUCAACAGAUCUUUUCUUUCCUUCAAGUCGGGAAAACUUGGGGGCCGUGCAAUAUAUGACAUUGUCCACAGAAACAAAUACAAAGAUUGGAUCAAAGGAUGGAGAAAUUUUAAUGCAGGGCAUGAACAUCCUGAUCAAAACUCAUUUACUUUUGCUCCCAAUGGCGUGCCUUUCAUUACUGAGGCUCUCUAUGGGCCAAAGUACACCUUCUUCAACAACGUUUUGAUGUUUUCCCCAGCUGUGUCAAAGAGCUGCUUUUCUCCUUGGGAGGGUCAGGUCACGGAAGACUGCUCUUCAAAAUGGUCUAAAUACAAGCAUGACCUGGCAGCCAGCUGUCAGGGGAGGGUGGUUGCAGCAAUGGAGAAAAACGGAGUGGUUUUCAUCCGAGGAGAAGGCGUGGGAGCUUAUAACCCACAGCUGAAUCUGAAGAGUGUUCAGAGGAAUCUGUUCCUCCUGCAUCCACAGCUGCUUCUCCUUGUGGACCAAAUACACCUGGGAGACAAGAGCCCUCUGGAGACGGCGGCAAGCUUCUUCCACAAUGUGGAUGUCCCUUUCGAGGAGACAGCGGUAGAUGGGGUCCACGGGGCUUUCAUCAGGCAGCGGGACGGUCUCUACAAAAUGUACUGGAUGGACGAUACUGGCUACAGUGAGAAAGCAACCUUGGCUUCAGUGACGUACCCUCGGGGCUAUCCCUACAAUGGGACAAACUAUGUGAAUGUCACCGUGCGCCUCCGGAGUCCCAUCACCAGGACAGUUUACCUCUUCAUAGGGCCAUCGGUAGACGUUCAGAGCUUCAGCGUCCACGGAGACACCCAGCAGCUGGACGUGUUCAUAGCCACCAGCCAGCAUGCCUACGCCACUUACCUUUGGAGCGGAGAGACCGCGGGACAAUCCGCCUUUGCACAGGUCAUUGCAGAUCGUCAGAAAAUUCUGUUCGACCGGAGCUCGGCCAUCAAGAGCACCACCAUCCCGGAGGUGAAGGACUAUGCCACUGUGGUGGAACAGAACCUGCAGCGUUUUAAGCCCGUGUUCCAGCUGCUGGAGAAGCAGAUCCUGUCCCGGGUCCGCAACACAGCUAGCUUUAGGAAGACUGCCGAGCGCCUGCUGAGGUUUUCAGACAAGAGGCAGACGGAGGAGGCCAUUGAUAGGAUUUUUGCCAUAUCGCAGCAGCAGCAGCAGCAGCAAAGCAAGUCAAAGAAAAACCGAAGGGUAGGCAAACGUUAUAAAUUUGUGGACGCCGUCCCUGAUAUUUUUGCACAGAUUGAAGUCAAUGAAAAAAAGAUUCGACAGAAAGCUCAGAUCUUGGCACAGAAAGAACUGCCCAUAGAUGAAGAUGAAGAAAUGAAAGACCUUUUAGACUUUGCAGAUGUGACAUUUGAGAAACACAAAAACGGUGGUGCCCUGAAAGGCCGGUUUGGACAGGCCCGGAUGAUGACAACAAUGCGCAGCAGAGCCCCGUCGCUGUCAUCUUCCUACACCAGACUGUUCCUGAUCCUGAACAUUGCUAUUUUCUUUGUCAUGUUGGCAAUGCAACUGACUUAUUUCCAGAGGGCCCAGAGCCUGCAUGGCCAAAGAUGUCUUUAUGCAGUCCUUCUAAUAGAUAGCUGUAUUUUAUUGUGGUUGUAUUCUUCUUGUUCCCAAUCACAGUGUUAGCACUAAAGCUAUACACUGUUUGGUCAUUUUGUGGUCACAAGAGUCUAUGCAAAAAAAAAAAAAAAAAAAAGCCCUAGUUUGUUACUGGACUUUUUAAUCUCAGAUUCCUUUUAACAAAUUAAGGGGAAGAUAUUUUCACACAAGAAGCCAGGGAUAUGGAGAAAUCAGAAUUGGAAAGGCAAAGAUUUACCAGAGGAAUAAGAGUAGCUUGGUUGUCCCAUGGUGUUUCUGGAAGUAUUUGGCAUGGCUAAUUUAGUAGUCCACAUAAUACUGCUCUUCAGAAGAAACAACAAGUCUGGUUUUAAGGAAAAGAUUUAGAUAGAUUUGGGUUUUAUUGAUAUUAAUUUAAUGCUAUUAGCAAUUUCCAGAUACUAUUUUAUGGAAAAGACUGAAGCACACAGUGCUGAGAAAUUCAGAAAAAAAUUUAAAUGGUGUAGUCAUGGUGAAAAAUAAGUAUUAUUAAGUCCUGGUAUGGUGGUGUUAACUUUCUUGACAAGUAGUUCAUUAGUUAAAUGAAAACAGGAUCUCCAUAUUGGAUUACUAUUCGGACAGCACAAUAAAAUGAUGCCAGACAAUCAUUAAAAUUUUUAAAUAUAUUUCAGUAGAAAAACAUAUCAGUGAGUGAAUAUUUCCUUGAUGUUGGUCUCUGCAGACGCAUAAUGCAUCAGUUGGUUGUUCAAUAAGUAAGACAAUUACAGGUAACUUAAUUUUCUAUUUUCCACAUAUGGAAAACUGUUGUAGAGUUGAGCCAGUGGCUCAACUUGAAAAUAAAAUAUUUUAUAUCCCAAACAUUGAUUUCAAUACCAAAGAAGAUUGGGAAGCUAAAAUUUGGAUAUGAUUCUUAUGUUUUUUUAAUAGAAGAUGUUAAGUUUAUUUUGCUAAAUAAACAUCGUAAUUAUGAUUUA